CCAACGAAGAGUUAACAAUGGGAAGGCAUUCGGAUGACUGUGCCUUUUAUCAUCACUGUGGGGAAACUGGAAAGGUAAGGCAGGAAGGGAACGCCUUAGCCUCCCAGCAGUUUCAAGAGCUCUGUGAAAAUAAGUGGUGGAAGAGAAGUCUGCAAACAUCUCACGCUGCUGGAGUGUUUUACUCUGAUGACAUGGUAUCAGCACCUAGCACAAUGCAUCCUGGGUCAAUCAGCUGCUACUGGAAUAGAAAUGGGGCUAGCAAGAGAAAAUGAGACUCUGGGAUGUGGAAGGCCUGGGUUGCAGUCCCUGCUCCAAUGAAAAUCGAUUGAUAUAAAGUGGAACAGCUUCCACAGAAGAGACUGCAACCCCCCACCACAGCAUGCCCUAUACCCAGGUGAUUCAGGCACUCGUGGAAGGCUGGGUUCAAAGACCCUGCUUCAGAACGGAUUCAAACGUGUCUUCUACGUGCCAGGUCAGAGCAUGCUCUAAGCACAGGCGUAAUGGUUAUGGGGUGUUAGCCCCAUCAGCCUUCCCUUUGUGACUGAUUGUCUUUGCUUUGAUUUUAAAAAUGCCUGGGAACUACAUGUUUUGGGUCAAAUGAAGCAUUUCAUUCAAACCCAAGAUGACGUUUUUGUUUUGUGUGUUAACUUUUUGGUGGCAAAAAAAUGUUGGUUUCGCUUCCCCGUGAACAGUUUCUUUUUCGCAAUGGCCACUGCACCAAAACCUUGGUUCCGUGCACAGCUAUAUGCAACACCAUGUCACUUUAAAACCACUUACAGAUUAGUAAAUAUCCACUGUGUUAGGGAAGUGAGUCACUGGCUGUGGAACUACACCCAAUCAGCAAGGAGUCUGGAGAGGGACGGAGCAUUAAAGACCACAGCCUCUCAAAAUCAGAGCUGGAUUCCCAAAGGAGCUGGUGGUGGUGGUAUGUCCUUUCAGAGACUGGCCCUAAAUCAGGACUCAAGUGACUAGUCCCACUGACGUCAAGGGUGAAGGUGCUCAGCACUUGGCAGGACUGGAGCUUCGGAGAGGCCUGUCUGAGUCAGCACCUUUGAAGUGCCCAGCUGAACAGGAGCCCAAGCCAAUGAAGGGCUGGCGUGUUGUCUCACAAUCCGGCCUGCGGAAGAGGCAGUGUGGAGCUCUAAGAGCAGAUCAUGAGACAAACUGUGACUCAGAGUCACAGCUCGCUGCUUCCCCUGUGGAUUACUUCCUACCUCAUGCUGGCUCAGUUCUGAUGCAAUUUUGGAGGGGAAGAAGGUGGAGGGAUUUCAGAUGAAGUUUCUGCCCCUGCCUGCACAGUUCUAAAAGAUCCCAAAUUUUAAAGUGUAAGGACAAAAACACCUGCAACUCAGCUAGAUCCAUGGCAGCUACUCCACCACCUCCACUACCUACAGAAGAGCUGACCACCACUUUUCUGAAGAGGAUAAAUACGCCGUCUCUCCAAGAAGAAGCCAGUGUGGGUGUCAUCACAGGUGUCAUCACAGUGGUUUUCAUCACACUACUGGCAGUCCUGGUAGUGAUCAUCAUAUACCUGUACAAGAAUAAAGGUAGCUACCAUACCUAUGAGCAACCUGAAGCAGAUGUGUCAGUACAGAUGGAGAACCUCCCUUCCAAAGGAGAAAAGGAGGAAUAUUUUAUAUAACCCAUAAAGUGGGGCUAACAGCUUCUACGCCGUACUCAGAUUUGAUGCUAAACUGCCCAUGUUUCCUGGACUCUGGGAUCUAGAGCCUUUUUUCCCCUAAUUUAUUACACUUUUCCUUCUUGGAUUAAUUUAACACGUGCACAAUGCUAACCUCAACCAUUGUUCCACUGCAUAGAAUGAUUAUCAAACCGAAGGAAAGGAUCUCCCACUUAGAAGUGAUUCAGUUGGAAGCACUACAAUGUAAAAGUGCCAGCUGUGAUGAUAGUGCAAUUCCUUGUAUGGUUUGUAACAAGGACUAAUAAACAUCUAAGUCAGGGGUCUGCAACCUUUCAGAA